UUCAAACUGCAAUAAAAUGCCACCGUCAUUCCUACCACUUUUCCCUCUCUCUACUUCUCUUUAAAAAGCGGUUACAUUCCAUAAUUCCCAUUUCCAAUUUUAUAUCCUUUUUUUCAUCCUCAUUGCACAUCAUCAUAUAUACAUAUAGAUACAUCUUUGAAAACUAUAAGGGGUGUGAUUAUAUACAUGGAGGCUGUUGCAAUUAACGGAAUGAAUGACAAGAAACAAGAAACAAAGAUUGUGAAACUGAAAUGUUCCGUACAGAAUUACGACUGGGGUCGAAUUGGGCACGAUUCUCGUGUGGCGAGGCUGUUCGACAAAAACAGUUGUGGGGAUGGUCAGAUUGAUGAAAAGAAACAUUAUGCAGAGUUUUGGAUUGGAACUCAUGUUUCCGGGCCUUCUUUUGUACAACAAAAAGGGCAAAAUGGGAAUUGUGAUGAGAAUAAUGUAAGUCUGAAAUCUUGGAUAAUGCAAAAUCCUAAGGUUUUGGGGGAUGUUGUUGUUGAUAAGUGGGGACUUGAUCUUCCUUUCUUGCUUAAGGUUCUUUCAGUUGGACGAUCAUUAUCUAUACAAGCCCAUCCGGAUAAGGAACUGGCCGGUUUCCUUCAUAAGCUGCAACCAAAUGUGUAUAAAGAUGCAAACCACAAGCCUGAAAUGGCGUUGGCCUUAACAGAGUUUGAGGCCUUAUGCGGCUUUAUUAGUGCUGAGGAGCUUGAUGUAGUGCUUGAAAAUGUUCCCGAGAUCAAGGAAGUGGUUGGCAAUGCAUGCGCAGACCAAAUCUCAGCUUUGGACAAGCACAAUGGGGAGGCCAAAGAAGAGCGAUUUCUUCGUGCAAUAUUCACUGAACUCAUGUCAGCUAACCGAGAAGUGAUUUCUGAAGCACUUUCCAAAUUAAUUAAGCGUUUAAAUAGAGAAAAGGAGACAAGGCAAUUAACUAGCAAGGAAGAACUAGUGCUGAAACUUGAAAAGCAGUACCCCAAUGAUGUUGGGGUCUUUGCUGCCCUCCUUCUUAAUCAAGUAAAACUCGAACCAGGUGAUGGUUUAUAUAUAGGAGCAAAUGAACCUCAUGCAUAUCUAAAGGGCGAGUGUAUCGAGUGCAUGGCAGCUUCAGAUAAUGUUGUGCGUGCCGGCCUUACUCCAAAAUACAUGGAUGUCAAAAUCCUUUGUUCCAUGCUCACAUAUAAGCAGGGAUUACCUGAAAUUUUGAAAGGGGUUCCUAUGAAUCCAUAUGUAAGAAGAUACACACCGCCUUUUGAGGAAUUUGAAGUUGACCGUUGUAUGCUGGACCAAGGUGGGUUGGUUGUACUUCCUGCACUUCCUGGUCCGUCGGUUUUUGUGGUUAUAUCAGGAGAAGGGUCAAUGCACACAGAGUUGAGCGAGGAUAGAGUGUCGGAAGGGGAUGCUUUGUUUGCACCUGCUGGGACCGAGAUACGUGUAAGUACAAACACAGAGUUGCAUUUAUACAGAGCCGGAGUGAACAACAAGGUCCUUAUGAACCCAUGAGAGGAUGAAUAGGUGUUUUUUUUUUAAUAUCUAUGUAUAGUUAUGGUCAUGUUUUGUAUCAGUAAUCUGCUGCGUAUCUGAUCCAAUAAUCAUACACAACAAUAAACUACAUAAUAAUAGUUUUUUGCUUUCAUUA